UAAUAAUGGAGGUUUCAAAAGGGCAUUAUAGAUUAUAUAAUUGGCCAACCUGACAACCUCUCAUUUCAUUCAACUCCUAUAUUAAUACUCUCCUUUCAUCCCCAUUCCACAUCUCUCUCUCUAUCCCUCUCUCUCUCUCUCUCCAUAAGAACCCUAGAAGGUUGCUCUUGUUCUCUUUACACUAACACCACUAGAAAAAGUUAGAGCUUUUGAGGUAAAAUCAGCAUUUAGAGGGUUUCUAGCCAUUGUCAUCUCUACCCACAAAGACAAAAGUUUUUUUUUUAAUAUAUUCUCAUUUCCCAAAACCUUACUGUUUGCAAUUUCUUGAGGUAAACUAAUAUUCAAGGCUCUAGAAUAUCAUCAUGAUGAUGGGAAAAGAGGAUCUCGGUUUAAGCUUGAGCUUGGGAUUUUCACAAAACCAUCACCCACUUCAGCUGAAUCUAAAACCCAUUUCUUCACCAAUAUUGUCCAAUCUCCAGAUGUUUCCAUGGAAUCAAACAGUUUCUUCCCCAGAUCAUCAAAACCAACAGUUUCUUAGGAAAAUCGACGUGAACAGCUUGCCGUCGACGGUGGAUUUGGAGGAGGAGACAGGAGUUUCUUCCCCGAACAGCACGAUCUCGAGCACCGUGAGCGGCAAGAGGAGGAGCGAGAGAGAAGGAACAUCCGGUGGUGCCGGAGAUGACCUCGACAUCACUCUGGAUCGAUCUUCUUCACGUGGAACCUCCGACGAAGAAGAAGAGUACGGAGGAGAGGCUUGUCGGAAGAAGCUCAGGCUAUCCAAAGAUCAAUCUGCUGUUCUCGAAGACACUUUCAAAGAACACAAUACUCUCAAUCCCAAACAGAAGCUGGCUUUGGCUAAGAAGCUAGGCUUAACCGCUAGACAAGUGGAAGUGUGGUUCCAAAACAGAAGAGCAAGGACAAAACUGAAGCAGACCGAAGUGGAUUGUGAGUAUUUGAAGAGAUGCGUAGAGAAACUGACUGAAGAGAAUCAGCGGCUCGAGAAAGAGGCGGCCGAAUUGAGGGCACUAAAGCUUUCACCGCGGUUCUAUGGUCAGAUGAGUCCACCGACCACACUUCUCAUGUGUCCAUCUUGCGAACGCGUGGCAGGACCAUCGAACCAUAACCAACCGACUGUAUCCUUGAGCCCGUGGCUCCAAAUGGGCCAUGGGUCAACCUUUGAUGUGACACGUCCUAGGUCUUAACUUUAUUCCGGUUCUAUGGAUUAUUAUUAUUAUUAAGUGGGUCAUUGUACUUUUUAGAUUAGUGACUCUAGCUAAUUCGCUAUGUAUCCUUAAAAGCCUUUUCCAUUUUUAAACAACUUAAUCUUAUUUUAUUUUUUUUGACAGCUAAAUUACUUAAUCUUAUCAAAUUAGCUAUGCUUGUCUUCUUGAAUCUUGAUAAGAAACAAAAUUAAA